AUGUCAGCUCAGCUUACAGAAUUCGAUCGUCGUGGUGACGUCAAACUUCGAAUCGGACAGGAUCACGAUUCGGCGGCCGUCGUCUUCACCGUCUGUUCCAGGUCUCUCGCGCGCGUGUCGCCAGUCUUUGACCGUAUGUUGUACGGAGAUUUCUCAGAAGGGCGAUCCAAUCAAGCCAAGGAUGCCGACGACUGGAUCGUAAACCUCCCCGAGGACAAGCCUGCCGCGAUGGCGCUGCUUCUUUCCAUUACGCACGCACACUUCGAUCAGAUACCAAAGACGCUUUCCGUCAACGAGCUGUACGAUUUGACUGUCUUGUCGCACUUUUACGAUGCUACACGCACCCUAGGCCCAUGGUCAAAUAAGUGGAUGGCGACGGUAGAGAAGUUGGAGCGAGAAUCGCACGAGCUAAUGCCAAAGAUAUUAUGGAUUUCGUGGGAGUUAGGUUGGAAAAAUACUUUCUCGGCUUUGUCUAGGAGGAUGGUUUUGGAGUGUGAGGCGGCGAUAUUUUCUACCGGCGAGGAUCAAAUUCAAUAUCCGCCUGAUAUCAUCGAACGUAUCUCGACGAUUCGUGUCCAGACGCUUCGAGCUUUACUAGGUAUAUUUGGGGAGAUGAUUGAAAACCUUGCUGUGGUCGACGAGAAACCAAGGUGGUGCCGUCACGCUGUUUGGAUGGGCCCUCACAGGUGCGAGUCGAUGAUUCUCGGUUCUAUAACCUUCUGCUUGAUAAGGGCAGGUCUUUGGCCGCUCCCCGACGCCGAUGAAGUAGAAGAGAGUGUGAUGGCUAUUUAUUCGAAGAUGACCAAUCUCAUUAUUCACGAUAUUGGUGCGGCUGAUAAUUCUCGGGUCGAUCAUAACGAGUGCAAUCCAGGACCAUUCCUACUCGACCGAGUUCAGACGGUAAUGGGCGAGAUAUCAAAUCCUGUAACUACUCUCCAUGCAGAAUAUAUGGAGAAACAGAUGCGAAAGUUAAACUGA